CCAAGACCGCGACGCCGCGAUCCAAGUCCACGUGCGCGUUGAUUAGACAACAGAACGAAUAUUCGACGGCGUCGUCGUCGGGGUUUUGCAACGCGUCGCGAUUCUUCUAGUCCUGGGUAAAGGUCGGCGUUGUUUCGGCGUGGAAGAACUUGAAGAUAUUUCCCAGAGAAUCCCUCGAGUGCCAGAGUGGCGUGAAUCGCAGUCCCGCGCACGUCCCAACGCCACCGCGUGAAACGUGCUGAUGCUUCCGUUAUUAGUUUGUGCUGCUUGCUGGUCGUGAAAUGGUUAUCGUUCAUACCAUUUUUUUUUCGUGAAUGGCGUUCCGGCUGACGAUGAGUGAUGGCUAGUGGAAAUGUUCGUUCGAUGGCCAAGAUGACGACGAGGACGUCUCGCGCCUUAUUUUGAGCGGCAGCUAUAUAUUGGAGCGUUCAAGUGGGGGAAAAAUAAAUGAGAAGAAAAAUAAGUGAAGAGGGAAAACCGUGCGAAAUUUGGCAAAAGUUGCGUUCGACCGUGAAUACGGAAUGUGACGAGUGACACGAAAAAGAUGUGUGUGUAGUGUUCAAUGGGAAAGUGGGCAAAGUGAGUGCAUGCAAAACAAGAAGAGAAGAGAAAAAAGCACACAUACACGAUAGGAAACAACAAGCAAACAAGUCUUGUUUUGGUGCGAAAGGAAAACGAAAUAUAUUACGAGGCACAACAAUGUCCUACCGUGUGACAACGUGGGAGCACCACGUGCAUGCUCAUCAAAUGUUGGCGGAAAAAAGUUGCAAAUCUGUGUCAUGUCAUCGUUCACCGGGGUGUUGACGGCGGUGGUUUUCGGCAUGCCAAUAAGUGUGUGGUGAAAAAUCCCGUCAGCACAUGUGGUUAUUGAUUUUUUAUUCCUGCCCACGUGAAAAUAUUGUCACAAAGUGUUCUGAAGUCCAGGAAAUUGAGUUCUUCGCGGGUGCCACCCGCACAGCCCGAUUGGAACGUGUCAAAAUUUAACCGAAAGAGUGCCUGUAAAUACCUGUGCUGUGAGGUGGUACCAUGGAGGUAGUCAACGGUGGAACCGUGAUCUGGAGAACACGCUCGCGGGCUCAGCGAAUCCAGGAUGGCAUCGAUGAAGAAAACUCCCACCUGGACGACCUGUACACCCGGUACCGGCAGCGGCUGCGAAAGUCCCUAUUCAUCUCUGGCCUUGGCAUAUCGAUACUAUGCUGUCUGGUAUCAAUCGUCCUGUGCCAGCUUCAGACCGCGAUUGUGGCUGACUUGACGAUGCUCGGCGUGGCCGCCGUGAUCCUGUGCGGCAUCCUGGUGGCACUGCACUUCCCGGUCGUGAUGAACUCCCCGCUGGCGGCCUUGGCCUUUGCCAUGCUGACCACCGGAACCAUCGGUGCGGUGGCGAUUGCCGUCGGAGCCCAGCUGGCACCGCUGCCACUGUUUGCACUCAUUUUGGGUGUCCACACGAUGCUGCCCAUCUCGUGGCCCGUGUCGGUGGUGCUGGCGGUCAUCCUGUGUCUGGUCCACAUCGGGUACCGCCUGUGGGAUGGCGUCCACGACCUGCCGGCCUACUUCUUCCCCCAGCUGCUGGCCGAGCUCAUCUUUCUGGCGUCGGCAUCCGUCUCGGGCCUGUACUACCGCAUCAUGUCCGACGCGGCCCACAUCGACGCCGUGGACGGAACCCGGACCGGCAUCGAGCAAAGGGUCCGGCUAGAAUGCGAACGGGAGCAGCAGGAGCAGCUGCUGCUCAGCGUGAUACCGGCCUACAUCGCGGCGGAAGUCAAACGCAGUAUUAUGCUGAAAAUGGCCGACGCCUGCCAGACCGCGGGUGGUCAGAGCCAGACGCGGUUCCACGAGAUGCACGUCCAGCGCCACAACAAUGUUUCGAUCCUGUACGCGGACAUCGUCAACUUCACGCCCCUCUCGGAGCAGCUGACCGCGUCCGAUCUGGUCAAAACGCUGAAUGAGCUGUUUGGGCGGUUCGAUCAGAUUGCACAAGAGAACCAAUGUCUACGGAUAAAGAUUCUCGGCGAUUGCUACUACUGCGUGUCCGGACUGCCCGUGUCCCGGCCCCACCACGCUGCCAACUGUGUCAAUAUGGGCCUCCAGAUGAUCGAAGCUAUAAGGUUCGUCCGCGAAGCGACCGGCUUCAACGUGGACAUGCGAAUCGGCAUCCACACCGGCAACGUCCUGUGCGGUGUCCUUGGCCUGCGCAAGUGGCAGUUUGACGUGUGGAGCGAUGACGUCACGCUGGCCAACCACAUGGAGAGUGGCGGAGUGGCCGGUCGAGUCCACAUCACAAAGUCCACCCUGGACUAUCUGGGGGACAAGUUCGAGGUGGAACCGGGAGGAGGUGCCGGCCGGGAGUCCUACCUGGCGGAUCACAAAAUUGAAACGUAUCUUAUCAUACCACCGAAGAAACCGGAAAAAGAUCCCCUAAAGCCGUCUACGACCGUGGAAGCGCCCAGCCCCUCGCCCACCACCACCACCAUCCAGAUCAACGAACCCGGACCGGACCUCGGGGACACCGGGGUCAACGGGGACACCACUUCGCUGGGCGAGCCACCGCGAACGCCGAAAACGCCACGAACGCCCAAAACCCCCGAGGACCUGCGGCGCUCGCAAGUGUCCAUCGCUCUGCCGGAGGAGCAGGAGCGGCUGCUGCCCUGUCCGCGGCCUCCGCCCUCUCCCUCGCCGCUCAUCAAGCAGACCAGCAUUACCAUCACCACCGAAACGAUCAACGAAGAGGACACCAACGGAAUCGACGAGGACGAGGGUGGUUGCGAAAGGAAUGGCGAGGGAGGUGGCGGUGACCGGUUGGGGAGUCAGUGUGGAGGAGGUCGUGGCAGGUGUAGCAGGAGUGUAAGUCAGGAGAGGGAGGACAAUGGGGGACUGGAGGUGGGGAAAAAGUCCUGUCUCACGUUGCCUGUGGAACCCAUCACCACGAAUGGACAUCUGCCCGAGCGAGUUGGCAGUCGGAAAUUGUCCGUGCAAGGUCUAAUGGCAUUUGCCGAGCGGCGGAAAUCGACGAGCUCUAUUUUCGGCGACAUGCGGAAGAUGUCGAUUACGAACAUCGACUGCCUCCGGUCGCCGAUGGUGGCCACGCCGGGUCCGCUGCUGCGCAACCGCCCGUCCUCCAAGAUGACCAAGUACGUGGAGUGCUGGGGCGCGGACAAACCGUUUGCCAACAUCACCGACUCGAAGAUGGCGAAGAACAUCGGGCUGGCGAGUAUCGCCAUGAUCGAGUCCAACCUGCUGCCAGAGGACGGGCACUGCAGCGAGUGCAAGUGCUGGGGCCCGCCAAAGGAGCUGCAACCGGUGACCAUGUGGUACCGCAACACGGCCCGGGAAGCCAUGUACCGGGCCCAGCCGGACCCGAGUUUCCGGUUCGAUCUCAUCUGUUCGUUUGUAUUGUUUCUAUCGAUUGGACUGAUUCAAGUAGUAGUAUUUAAAAGCAAUGUAGUCGUUAUUGGUUCACUGAGUGCAACAGCCGUAGCGUUAGGUCUAUUUUUAUAUUUAAGCAACUACCAGAUGUCGGAGCUGUCGCCACCUGGUAAUAACGGCCCCGGCCAGGUGAUUGCCGCCAGCCGGACACUAAGGAUAGCAAUAUUUUUAAUUUCCACCUCGCUCAUCGCAGCGUGUGCCAUAUUCAGUGUGAUAAACUUUGACGAUCUAGUGAUAGCGGAUGUCCAGCUGGUGAACAACGGCACCGAGGCGGUCACGUUCGAGGUCGAGUACGCCCCGGUCGCCCCCGUAUACCUGUACACGGCCGCCAUCAGCCUGGCGGCGGCCUCGGCCUUCCUCAAGUCGGGCUUCAUCAUCAAACUACUGGUGAUGCUGUUCUUCGUCGGUGUUCAGUGCUCGCUCCUGUGGCAGAGCUCCCUCUUCGAAACAUACCAGAUGCUGUACAACUCAUGGCCUCUAGCAUUUCAGGGCGCACUGUUCCUGCUGCUGAUAGCAUCCGUCCUGCACACGCUGGACCGCCAGGGCGAGUACGUGUCCCGGACCGACUUCCUCUGGAAGGCCAAACUCAAGGUCGAGCAGGAGGAGGUCGAAACGAUGCGGGGGAUCAACAAGAUCCUGCUGGAAAACAUUCUACCCGCCCACGUGGCAGGUCACUUCCUGAAGAAGGAGCGCGAAUUUCAGGAGCUAUACCACGAAAGCUACUCGUCGGUGGCGGUCAUGUUCGCGUCCAUUCCGAACUACAAGGAGUUCUACGACGAGACGGACGUCAACAAGCAAGGCCUCGAGUGUUUGCGGCUUCUGAACGAGAUCAUCUGCGACUUUGAUAAGUUGCUGCUGAAGCCCAAGUUCAGCGGCAUCGAGAAGAUCAAAACCAUCGGCAGCACGUACAUGGUCGCGUCAGGGCUGCGGCCGGGCAAGGAGGAGGGUGCAGCGAAAAAUAAUGAGCUGGACGAAAAGCGCACCGAAGAGCACAACGUGGUGGUGCUGGUCGAGUUUGGCAUCGCCCUGAUGACCACGCUGGACCAGAUCAACCGAGAGUCAUUCCAACGGUUCCGACUGCGGAUGGGCCUCAACCACGGGCCCGUGAUAGCGGGCGUGAUCGGGGCCCAGAAGCCCCAGUACGACAUCUGGAGCAACACGGUGAACGUGGCCUCGCGGAUGGACUCGUGCGGCGUGAUGGGACGGGCGCAGACCACCGAGAACACGGCGAAGGUGCUGAUGGCGGCCGGAUAUUCGUGCGAGUGCCGAGGCCCCAUCCCGGUGAAGGGAAAGGGCAUCCUGACGACGUACUUCGUCAAGACCCCCUUCGACGACAAGAUCUAGAACGGAUCCAGUGUGUAGUGUGUGUGUGUCAGUAGGGCAGCGCAACGUGUUGUAGUGCGACCGGAAACAAUAAGUGAGUGAGAUAGAUUUAUUACGAUGAGUGGUGAAACAGAAAGAGAAGCAAGGCAACAUGAUGUGAUGGAAUUGAGGUUAGGGUUGGAAGUGCUAAUGACGUCAUUCCUGUUAAUUUCUGUAAAUUUUGUUCUAAAGAAAAGUGUUUAGACAAAUUGUAACAACUUAGUCUUAAAAACCUGCCAUAAUUUAACAGAAAAUAAACUUCACAUCAAAAUUUAAGAUCCAACAUAGCACUUCCAACCUUUUGCUUGAUACACCACUCAGAAAUUGAGAGCGUCCUUCCGGCGGCAGCAAUACGUGUAAUUUCUGAUGAUAUGCAAACAAAGAAUGCGGUUGUGUGGAUGUAUGUGUGUGUGGGCACACGUGUGCAUGAAGAUGUUCCUUUUCUCAACAUAAUCAUCGAUCAAUUUGUCGGAGUCAGUUUAUGUGGUGAUGCACAAACGUUCCGUGAACUAUUAAAACGUUUGCGAUUCUUCAAUCAAGACUGCACUAUUUCAAGGAAUUCUCAACCUUCCAAAUAUGGGAAGUAUGAUUGUAAUACAAUUACGGUGUGUUGCUAACUCAAACAUAAUCUCUGGACUUUGCUGAUAUGUUGGCACAAUGUCUGAAUGGCUUUCCUGAUUGGCUAAAUUCAAACAGUGAGUAGGCCUGUGGACCUGGUUGUAAUCAAUCUUUGGGCUGAACAAAACUAAGGUUUUUGUUGACUUUAUGUUUCUGAGCAUUAGAAAUAAAUCCGUAGAUUUUUUUUCUCAGAAUGACACAGCGAUUUUUUUCUGGAUGUAUUAAAUGCGAUCUUCAAUUUUUCGGCCCCACCAUUAAUUAAAAUGACUCCACAAUUAGUUAUUAUAAAGAAUGUAUUUUUACAAUUUUUACAAAUAUGGUAUAAAAGGUAACAAAGACAAAUUAUCAAUUUGUAGAUCUUUUAAAAAAAAUAUUUGGGUUCAGCGAUGGAAUAAUCAUCAUCAAAAGAAAAUCAUUGGACGUUCAUCAAGAGAAAAAAUCCAAAGGGAGCAUGGCUCUUCUCUCUCGCGCACGAAAGAUCGGUAAAAGGAAUCUAAAAAAAUUAUCAUCUUGAUUAUUCGGCGGAACAUCUUUUUCACUACUACAUUUGCAAGUGUAACGUCACACGUCCAAAUAUGACCUUUCACAUUUUGUAGAUGGGCAAUGUGUGUAAACAAAGUGAAAUAAAUAUUUUAAAGUGGUGCUGACAAGGAAAUUUACAAAAAAUCAUCAACAGAUUGAUUUUCUUGGAGAAGUUCGGGAGCGAUUUUAUUUUGCGUGAUUUGCCUCCUCUCUCUUUCGCGGGUGAAGAAAGUACGGAAUCGACGUAACACCUUAUUAUGUGGCCCUCUUAAACCUUGCGGUUUCGUCAACGGAUCCACAGGCGUGUAUCGUUCUUUUUGCGACAAGACUCCGCCUCCCGGGUCUCCUGAGUGUGAAGGUAUGGCACGGGGAGAGGGCACCGAAAACCUAUAUUUACACUUAGAAUUUAUUUGCGUCCGCCUCGGGAUUCGAACCGGCGACCUCUGGAUUGUGAGUCCAGUGCGUGGUUCGAUUGAUCUACACAGGCAGACAAGAAGGUGAAGAAAGUUCGCAAGCGAAAUUGAUUUUUUGCGAUUAUUCCAUCCCUGUUUGGGUUUCAAAUUUAUUUUUAUUGCAUUGCAAAGAUCAAAAAAUUUCACAAUAGUUCCCAUUUUUAACAAUGAAAAUCAGACACUUAAAGAAAUUCAUUGCUCUAAUUUUGAAGCUCCACAUUAAAGGAAAUUUUCUAAGCCAUUCAAAAAAUUUGAAUAUGGUUUACUUUCAACAAGUAUUUUAAAAAUGCAAAACACGAAAAGUAAUCGAAAAUAAAUACUCAAAAGUAGCUAUUACUUGAGAACGGCACAUUUUACAAAAAAAAAAAUAUCUUUUUGAUUGAAAAUUUGAUUUUGCUUUUAAAAAAUAUUUCAAUUAUGUUUUUGUCAAUAUUUUUGAUAUUUUAAAAAAACAAGCCAUUUUUAAAAAAAGAAUAUGAUAUUUUUGAAUGGUGUUUUUUGAAUAAAUAAUGAUCUUACUUUAAAAAAAAAUGAAUCAAAUUUGCAAUUGAAAAGUGCUUAACAAUUUUUUUGAUUAAGUAUGCUAUUUUCAAGAUAAAGCCACUUAAAAUUUGAUUUUAGCUACAGUUUAGACUCGAUUAUCCGAAGGAUUUGGCAAAAUUUCACAUCGGUUAAUUGAAUCACAUUUUUUUCGAUGUUUGAUUAUUUUUUUACUGUCGAGCUUAAGUAUGGCCCCUUAAUUACUCUAAAGUGAUUUAGAAUGUUUAAAUUCAAGAUGGCGGCCAAAAUGGCGAUGAUGAAAUAAUGAAAAAAAAAUGCAAAUUUUAUUUGAUUUGAAAGGUUGGCCUUCAAAUUUGACUUAAAUCGGGCCGCAGAACAAGAAUAAAAAUUUCAGUAAGUUUUUUUCCAAAUUUUUUUUUACUCUUGGUAAUUUCUUAGUAAUAAGUAAUAAUCGUUCCAAAAUGGAUUGAUAUUUAACACACAGCUGAACGGAACUCCAAAACUCUGUUAUGUACUGCGAAUGAACAAAUUGUAACACGAUUAUUCACUAAUACAACCGAAUUGAAUUGAAUUGAACAAGAAAAAAAUAAGAGACAAAUAUGUUUCUCUUGAUUUUAUUAUCCAAAGUCCAAUACAAACCUUCGGAAAAUUGUGUCUAGACUGUAUAGAAAAAAUUUCAUGAGUGCCCACAUUUUAAAAUAUUUGUCCCGAAAGGUUCAGUAAAUUUCGCAUAGAUUAUAAUUUUCUAAUCUCUUCGAAAAAAUAUCUACAAAUAUUUGAAGUCAAGACUAACAUUUCAAUAGGGUAAUAUUUGAAAAUUUUGGUCUUUGGGGAAGCCCCCUUCAAAGUUUUAGUUGAAUCAACAAAUACAAAUAAAACAAAUUGCCGGAGUUUGGGGGAAAAGCACCCGUGUUUAAUCCUACAUCUUGUUUGGAGCAUAACUUUAUUCGACAUGGUUGAUCGAUUUCAGUCUUGUCUCAAAAACAACCAUGCCUCUCCAUAUUGACCUGCUGCGAUACUUCGAAAUAGCUUCAUCUGUGAAACAUGUCCAAAAACGUGAGCUUUUUGCUAGAGAUUCCGAAUUUAUUGAUUUAGCAAUUAAAAAUAUCGAGUUACUUAUCAUUAACAGUUGAUUUUAGAGAAAAAUAUUUUUAAUUCGAAUAAAUCGAAUUUAACAAAUUAUUCAUGUGUUGUAAAUACAAAAAAAAAUCAGCCGUUGAAUUUCCAUUGGCUUACCUUUAAAAAUAGUAUUGAGACACUUUGAAAAUUUUUUGAUUUAUUUCAGUUUUGCAACAAUUACCUGACUCACAGUCAGUAUUUUUCUAUCGAAAAAAAAAACAAAUCAUAAGUUGAGGAAAUGAACAUCAUGAGUACGAAAGAGCGAUCACAUUUGCAGUAAGAGACAACUUCCAUAACGUUAAAAAAUCCAAGAUGACCUAUUAAGUAUACGUCGAGCGUGUUUGCAUGUCAAGAGUGUGGGCAAAAAAUAGACAAAAUGGAACCGUUCAUUAUUUUCGUGCAAAGUACAAGCACUCUUAAGCUAGAAAAACAAAAAUGUUUGAAGACACAAUCGUCAACGGUGAAGAAAUUUGUACUCACUUUAAGUGUGACACUGUAACGAGCACGAGGAGAAAGAAAGUGACGAAAACAAACAGGUACAGCAAGUACACAACACAAACAGCCAGGACUCACCCAGGACCGAGGCCCCAGGUGUUGGCCCCCCUGAGCAGAAUCUGCUUUUGCACACAAAGACACCCACCCUUUUUGCCACACACACCUGCCUAGCAAACCACAAAAAUCUACCUUACCUGUGUUGUGCAGUACAGCGCCGCGGUUAAGAUCGCCAUCAUAAUCAUCAGUGAAGAGUAACUUUUUCCCACCCAGAGCAUCCCAGAGCAAGCAUUUCUACUAGCGUAACUUUCACCCUUCCCCCAACUCAAGAGUACCUACAGAGAAGAAACACUCAGACACAUACUCAAAAAUAAAACAAAGUGUUGAAUGAAAAGAAGGACACGGACUUUUGUAAGGAUUAACAACAAAUGCUAAAUAAUGUAGCUGCAUGAAAAAUGUAUGAAAAAAACAGUGUGUAACAAACAAAACAGCAAAGUAAACCAAAACAUCAAGAAAUGAAACAACAACAAAUAAACCUAACAAUCAAAGGCAAAGAUAGGAGCCAGUUAAGAUUCUAGUGUUUUAUAUUAUUUAUUUUUUUCCAAAUCUUGUCGUACAAUAAAUAAGUGGCAAAGCUGCUGUAGAAAAAUAAAGAAAAACGUCAAUUGAAAAAUCAA